GUGGAGCGCUCCGGUGUGUUGCAAAGCAAGAAGAAGAAAGACAGGCACUAGGGCUUUGCAAGAGCCCCUGCGAGAAGCAUCUUGAGCAUCCUCCUCUCCCAGCAGGUACCAUUCCCGAUGACCCUGAACCGGGGCGUCCGAGCGCGGGGCCUAGAUCGGCGUCGGGGGAGCAUGCCCUUUGCAGCCCAUCCUCCACCACAGCCACUCCACCGCCGAAGCAUGCCAGUGGAUGAGCGGGAGCUCCGGGCUUCGCUGCCACCUUCUCCUCGUGCGGCUCACCUCCUUCGCUGCACCUCCUACAACCCAGUGGGAGAAGAUGGAGAGGAAGAGGCAACCCGUCCAGGCUGGACCUCAGACUCCUCCGACUCAGUCAUCUCCUCUGGAAGUGACUCCGAGAGCCGUCUGCUCUACAAAGUCAUCCUCCUGGGUGAGCACGGCGUGGGCAAGACCAGUCUGGCACGGAUCUUCGGAGGUGUUGAGGAAUGUCCCGAGGCCGAAGAGGCCGGCAAUACAUAUGACAGAUCCAUUAUAGUGGAUGGUGAAGAGGCCUCUCUGGUGGUGUAUGACAUAUGGGAGCAGGAUGAUAGCCAAUGGCUCCAGAACCACUGUAUGAAAAUGGGGGAUGCUUACAUUAUUGUGUACUCAGUGACAGACAAAGUUAGCUUUGAGAAGGCUUCCGAGCUGAGAAUUCAGCUGCGAAGAGCAAGGCAAGCAGAAGAUAUCCCUAUCAUCCUAGUCGGAAAUAAAAGUGAUCUGGUCCGAUCACGGGAAGUCUCUGUAGAUGAGGGACGAGCCUGUGCUGUCGUCUUUGACUGUAAAUUCAUUGAGACCUCAGCUGCUUUGCAUCACAACGUCAAGGACCUGUUUGAAGGUAUCAUCCGGCAAAUCCGGCUACGCAAAGACAGUAAAGAAGACAAUGCUCGAAGGAUGGCCAAUACAAAAAGGAGGGAGAGCAUCAGCAAGAAGGCAAAACGAUUCCUGGGGAGAAUUGUUGCAAAGAACAAUAAGAAAAUGGCAUUUAAGGCCAAGUCCAAGUCUUGCCAUGACUUGUCAGUGCUUUAAAAAUGUUUCUCAGCGAGGCCAAAUGCUGUGUGUGAAUUUGUUUGGGUUGUGAAUGUGAAUUUGUUUGGGUUGUGACUUUUAUGAGUGAAGUGGGGAGGGUUGGGGAAAGGACUUUGAACACAGCGGGAGAAAAAAAAUCUCCUUCAUGCCUUACGGUUCCUCAAAUCAAGCCUUGGAAAUAAGCUGACUGUGUCUUCAUUGGUUUAUAAGCUUCAUAAGUGUGCAAGCGACUGAACUAAUUUCAAAUUCAGCAGCUUUGUAUGCCUACAUUUUCACUGUGUAUAUUGGCUAGCUGUCCAACCGGACAUCAGGAAGAAUGCAAGGACCAGAAUGGAUGAUGGACAAAAUAUGGGGGGAAAGCAUCACCAGAAACACGUCUCCUUUGCAGAGCAAAACUUGAAUACUUGUACGCAGGCUCGUACACUUUCCUCUCUUUGGUAUAUAUAUCUAUAUAUAUUAAAAUGAUCUUUUAAAAACUAAAUGUGGGCAGGAGGGAUGCCAUUCAAGGUACAUUUGGAUAAGUGAAAGAAAUGCAUAAAAUGAAUAUUAUUUUUGAAGUUAAUUUGCACUUUCAUUAACUGUUUAAUUUGUUACUUGUUUACA